UGAAAAACGCUGUGAGAUCGCGAGAAAGCGUGGUGUUUGUUGUGUUCCAGAAAAUAAACCGGUGUACAAGAGUUUGUAUAAUUAUAUAAAUCGCAUUACAUUAUAUAGAAAUUGUACAUUAGGAAAAUGGCUCAAUAUAUUGCACACGACAUAAACAAAAAACAGAGGACGAGUGAUGUAGAAAUACAAGAGAAUGUUACAUUUGAUCAAAUGAGACUUCCACAAAAUAUUCUGGAUGGGUUGAUGUCUGCUGGAUUUCAAAAACCAUCUCCCAUCCAGUUGAAGGCCAUUCCGUUAGGCCGUUGUGGAUUUGAUUUAAUAAUACGUGCAAAAUCAGGAACUGGAAAAACUUUAGUGUUUGGUAUAAUAGCUCUUGAAACUUUGGAUGUUUCAAUACAGUCACCACAAGUUUUGAUAAUAGCACCUACAAGGGAAAUUGCGAUUCAAAUAUCUCAUGUUAUUAAAGCAAUAGGUUCACAAAUAGAAGGAUUAGGAGUUGAAUACUUUGUAGGGGGAAUACCAAUAGACGAAGAUAAGAAAAAACUUAGUAAAUGUCAUGUAGCUGUUGGUGCACCAGGCAGAAUUAAACAUUUAAUUGAAAAGGGAUUUCUUCAAAUUUUGAAAAUCAGAUUAUUUGUUCUUGAUGAAGCAGACAAAUUAAUGGAGAUUAAUUUUCAAAAGGAUAUCAACUAUUUAUUUUCUAAACUGCCAUCCAGUAAGCAAAUUAUAGCCUCAAGUGCUACUUAUCCUGGAGAUUUGGAAACAUUUUUGCAAACUUACAUGUGCUCUCCUGUGCUAACAUCACCAAAUAUUGAUGGACCAGUUUUGAUUGGAAUUAAACAAUUUGUGGCCAUGGUUCCGACACAUCCUAAUGCAAUGAAACAGAUACAAACCAAAAUUGAUGAGCUAGUAAAAAUUUUUACCAAGAUUCCGUUUAAGCAGAGUUUAGUUUUUUCAAAUUAUCAAUCACGAGCUCAAUCGGUAAGCAAUAAGAUUAAUUCGCUAGGCUUCUCAUCUUUAUAUAUUGCUGGAAAUCAAGAUAUGACUAAAAGAUUGAAAGUGAUUGAAAACUUAAGAAAUUUAGAAUGUAGAAUUAUGCUGACCACAGAUCUAACCGCAAGAGGUAUAGACAUAGAAAAUGUUAAUAUGGUCAUAAAUUUCGAUAUACCUGCAGAUCCAGCGACGUAUUUACAUAGAAUUGGCAGAGCUGGUCGGUAUGGGUCUUAUGGAAUUUCUAUCACAAUUAUUUCCGAGAAUGAGCUUUCAUCAUUCAAAAAAUUAUUAACUUCGAUUGGACUGAAUUUUUAUUUAUUCAAACUCAAUCCUGAUUAUAUGGAAGAUGUUUGGGCUAAUGAUACUUCGACGUUUGAAAAAGUUUAUCUGGAAUCUGAGACAAGUUUUACAAAAUUGCCAGCCAUUGAUAAAACGAUUCUUGAAUCUGAAAAUGGUAUACCUAUAACAAUACCUAUGUUAAGACGUACGUUAUCUCCAGCAGUUAGUGAUACUUCAUCAGAAAAUAAUGUUGCAAAUGCUUCUAUUGUGGAACAUGAAGAAUGUAACAAUAGUUUGUCCAAGAGCAUAAUAAGUAGUGAUACUUUAUCAUCAGAAAAUAAUGGCACUUUUAUAAGAUCUGAUGAAUGUAAAAGUGUUUCACCAAAACACAUGACAACCAUGUUAUUGUCAAAGAAUAAUAAUGGAAAUGCCACUGAAAUGAAACAUGAAAAGUGCAAUGGUACUUUGGUGAAAAACAACAAAUGCCAUAAAAUUACUUCUAAUAAUGUACAUGUAAAACCAAGAUCUAAUUUAGAUAAGAGGAUAGAAGUUAGUUCAUUAUUUCAACAUUACAUUCAAAACAAAACGAAUUCUGUAGUUAAUACUUCUAAAGAAUGUAAGGAAGAAUCAACUAUAGAAUCUGUAGUUGAAAAUUCUGAAGAAAGUAAAAUAUUAGGUACAAAUUCCGGAUCAAGACAUAUAUAUAAAUUUACAAUAAAACCUAAUUCUGGUGCUUCUCCUAUAGAAGAAUUAAAUAAAAAUGUCGAGUUUAAAGUAGCUUUAUCAGAUACAGAGAAUUGCAAAUUAUCAAAUACUGAAGUUGAAAACAUCGUUGAAUAUAUGAAGGAUUCAUUGCAGAUAAUUGAUGAAACAAUUGCUGAAAACAUUCCACAUAUGGAUGAAAUAAUUCAGAGUGAAAAAAUAUCCAUAGAAACUUCUCAGGAUGCAUUUUCUAGCAAAGAUACUAAUUUAAUUAAUAUUUUACCUAUACAUGAAUUGGAUAAUAGUGAGAAUGAUCAUAUACGAAUUAUAAUAAAUAAUUAUUUAAUAACGUAUGCUAAGAAAAUUAUUAUAAACGAUAAUAAUGUUUGUGACGAUGAGGAAUCUUUGUUAAAAAUAGCUUCCGAUUGGAGAAAACUACUUGAUUUUGAAAUUGAUUUAUUAGAUAAAACGUACCAAGGCAUGCCUGAUUCUUUUUAUAAACUAAUAUAUAAAGAACAUUUUUCAUCCCUCAAAACUUUUCUUGAUAUACAGAAGCGGGCGUUCUUGUGCGUUUUCCCACAACUUCGUAAUGAUGAAGAGGUGCAAGAUACUUAUAUAUAUUCAGCAGCUAGAGCAUCUUCAGAUGAUAAUUUGGUAGAUAUGUACAUAGAAAUAGAAGAUUUUAAGGCUCGUUUUUAUACAUUUGGGACUAAAUUUAACGCAUUUUUUCCUUAUCCUAUAAAUAUUGAAGAAUAUAUGCCAAAUUUAAUGCUCUCGGACUCUGAGAUUGAAGAGUAUCGCAGGGCAUUACAAUAUUUUAAAACUUGUCAGAAUCCCGAUGAAAAAUUAUUAGAAAUAAUAGAUUACUUAGCAUGCUUAAAUGAAACUGAGACAUGUGAUUUGAUUAAAAAAAUAACAGAGCAAAAUUUGUCGUUUUUGGAUAUGAAAGUGCUUCUUAAAGAAACAGCAGAAAGGCAUGCAAAAGAUGACGAAUUAUCGAACGAUUUACAACUGUCUGAAAAUUCUUUGGAAAAUGAUAAAUUGAUAGAGUGUAUACUAGUGUCUGAAAAACCAAUGCACUUGGAAAAUCAAAGCGACAUAACUCAAUAUCAUGAGAUUGGUGAAAUGGAUCCAACAACGAAUGUAGAAAAGAGAAAAGAUUCAAAAACCAAAAAUGUUUACUUCAAUGGAGUUACAGAUGUUAAUCAAAAUCAGCACGAGAUACAAAAUAUGAAAUGUAAUGAUGUUUCUAAUAAUACAAUCUCUAAUCAAGCAUACAAAAAGGUAGAGAUUUUACAAGUUAAUGAUGAAAGUAAUGAAGAAACAUGCAGUACUUCGAGUGAGUCGUCAGUUGUGUUAUCUGAGAAGGAUGUUGCAUUUUCAAGUGCUGAUAAAGUUGCUUUGGACAAUCGACAGAAAGUGUCGGCUAUCAGUAGCAGUAGCCACAAGUCUAGCGGAAAGAAUGUUCAAUAUCAAAUUAAAAACGUAUCAACCGGAUAUACAUCUGUACAAACUAAUAACAUUGUUUACAACAAUGUGGAUAUACUUGGUAAACAUGAUAGACAUGUAAAGUCUCGUAAAUGCGAUCAAGAGGAUAGCGAAGAUAUAGAUGAUUCAAUCGCCUCCGCGAGAUAUUCAAGGACAUUGAAUUCACGUGCAAGUGCGAAUACGAAGAAAACCCGUCAGUCUUCACUGAAUCCGGUGCAAAGUUUUCAUCCGUGGGUUCCAGAGUCUCACAAUUUAUAUAGAGACGAAGCGCACUCGUCAAAUCAAAUCCAUCGUGAUCAGAGGAGCGAACGUAUUCCCGCAACUUUCCAUUCUUCUCGUACAUAUGCUGGAUCAUCACGGGUACCACAAUACUCCGAGCAGAAGAUCAAUGAUCGCCCUAGAGAUUUAAAGGUUUACAGAUUAAGUGACGAUUCAGUAAACGAUGUUCAAUCAUGUGAUACGGAUAUUGAAAGGUUCCUAUCGUCAUUAAGCCUGCAGACGAAUCAACUACAUCUCGAGAUCUACAGUUCGCAGAUGUUCGAGAAUUGGACUGCGUACGAUGAAUGAUCGUGCAAAAUCGAAAUGAUAAGGGAGAUACGGAGUAUUCUGUAUCUGUCUGUUCAAUUGUACGAGGAAUAUUCGUGUAGAUCAUAUCGCGAACGCAUUGCAGCCUUUCUCAGGAGUUUAUGAUCGAGCGACGGUAGAGAGAAUGACACGUGAUUCAAUCGCGAUGGCGAAAGGUCACGCAUUGCCGGCACUUAACACGCAUCGACGUGACUUGAACUGUGUGCCGGGGAUAACCUUUUCCUACCGAUUCGACGCUACCUGCGAUUAUGCAAUUGGAUUGAUCUUUCGCGAUCGGGUCUCGUAUAGUCCUGUCGAUCGAAUGCUGUCGGUUGUCAACGGUAUAGGGGGAUACUUUACCGUGUAUCAUCAUCUUUUCAUAAAAAUUGAUGAUGACAUCUAUUAAUACUCGUGUAAAUACCACGUGCGGUUUAUUUUACGAUUUUAUAAAAAUUCUGUGAUUUACAUGUUGAGCGAUUAAUAAAACAAUUUUUUUUUUUUGUAUAAAUAAAAUACUUUUCUUAUCUACAAAUGUUUAACAAUUGUCUAAAUGUAUUAUGGAUAGCUGAAUGCACGAAAAUGUUGAUCUUAUUUUUUUUAUACAGAGCUGAAAAGAUAUUAUCAUUGACAAACCUGAUUUUACUUUUAGUUAAAUAAAAAUUGAUUUACUUUAAUAGUCUUCAUUUUUUAAGUAAAAUUGAAAGCAGAGUAAAAUACAGAAAUAUGUAUGUGCCAAAGUUCUUAUUGAAAAUAGAAUUAUUGUUAUACAUUGUUUGACAUCUUUUCUAUUAAUUAAAUAAAAAUUGAAUUAUUGUUA